AAUCGAAAACAUCAACUGUCAUCAUUAUCGUUAUUCAUUGGAUCGUUUCAAAUUUUUUAUUUUUUUGAAUCCUAUAUUGGCCACGCAUUAUUACACGCUAUUUCACAUAUACACACACACACACACACACAUUGAUCUCAAACAUUGAUUGAUUGAUUGGCAUCUAAUACAUAUUUGACAUUGGAAUCUUGAAAAAUAACGUAAACAGCUACAACAACAACAACAAUAACAACGACGACAAAAAAGAAAACAAAAUUAUAUUUUUUCAAUCAUAAUCAUCUAUACACAACCAACAGUUUUUUUUUUCUUCAAAUUGGUUAUAUUUAUGUAUGUGGCGUGCAUGUGUAUGCGUUUGUACAUGAUGUGACGGCUACGGCUACGACGAAUACGACGACUAUCAUCAUCAUUAAAAUUCAUUUUUAUUUCAUCCUGACAUCAUAACAUAUCAUCAUCAUCGUCUUUAUUGUUGUUGUCGAUCCAUCGAUUUGAGGAUGACCAUCAUCGAUUUGUCAUUAUUAUUCAAUCAAUGUUCGCUAAUUCGCAACGAAUUUAAAAGUAACGAAAUUUUAUUCAUCAAUUGAUUUUGUUUUCUGUUUGUUGGCCUAAGAAGCCAAUACACAAAUAAAUCAACUAGAAAAUCAAUAGAAAAAAAACAACAACAAUAUGGCUAUUUGUUUAAUAAAAAUCUAUCUAAUAUGCAUUAUGGCUAUAAAUGUAUUACCGAAACAAAUAUCAUCAUAUUCAAAUCGUCCGAUUAUAAUACCAAGAAAAUUUACAUUAGUUGCCAAUUAUUUUGGUUUCAAUCUAUUGAAUCAAUUGAAUAAUGAACAAUCGGAUGAUGAGAUACGAAAAAAUAUUCUAAUCGCACCAUUAAGUUUAACAGCAACAUUAACAAUGCUACAUCUGGCUACAAAUGAUGGAUCACCAGCAAAUCAACAAUUAGAAUCAAUAUUAGCAUUUUCAAUGGCCAAUAUUAGUCCUGAUCGUCAUCGUGAACGUGAAUCAUUACGAAAAAUUUUGCUCAAAACAAAUGAUCUUAAAAAUACACGUGCAUUUGUUGCUAAUCAAACCUUGAAAAUUAAUCUUGAUUAUGCACAAAUGAUACAGGAUUAUUUUAAAGCUGAAAUUAUUAUCAACCAAAAUCCUACGGAUUUUAUUGUCAAUGGUUCUACUUUGAUUGAACAUAUACCAGAAUCGAAUGAAGCCGUCAUGUUAUUAGAUGCUGCAUUUUUUCAUGGUAUCUGGUUACAUCGAUUCGAUAUUACCAAUACAAGACCAUCAACAUUUUAUGGUGCAAAUUUUAUUUCAUACGAAAAUGUACCAUUCAUGAGACUAAAAGCAGCGGUCGCUGUUGUUCCAUUGGAUGAAAUUGAUGCAGCUAUGAUUGAAUUACCAUUCAAAGAUCAACGAUAUGCAUUGUAUAUGAUAUUACCAUCUCGUAUUAAUGAUGAUCUUUCAUUAAUUCGUCGAGCCAUUAAUCCAUGGUAUAUUGAAACAAGUAUACGUCGUAUGGAUGUCUAUGGAAAAAUUAUGAUUGAAUUACCUACAUUCGGUAUUGAAGCCGAAUAUGAUCUCCGUGGUACAUUAGAACGAAUGGGUAUUCGUGAUAUAUUCCAUCAGAAAAUGGCUAAUCUAUCGUCAAUAAUGACAGAUCAGGAGAAUAUUUUUGUCACUGAUAUUAAACAUAAAGUAAGAAUGGAAUUUGGCGAAAAUGGUAUCGGACCUGUUGAUUCGAUGUAUACGAAGAAACGAAAAUCUAAACAAAAAUCUAAAUUAAAUAUUAAUUCAAAGAGUGCUGCCCUUGCUUUUGAUCAUCCAUUUUUAUAUUUUCUACGUCAUACACGUACCGGUACAAUUUUAUUAAUUGGUGAGAUUCAUGGAUUCUAAUCAUAAAUCUUUGAUUCAGUCGAUUCAAAGUACACCCACCACCAUCCGAAAACAAAUAAUACCUGCCAUUAGAUCUAUUGAAAACUUUUUUUUCGUAUAAUGUUUUUUUUCUGAUAAAUUUUCAAACAAUUUAUAUUUUUUUUUAUUGAGAAAAAAGAAUCAAAUAUGUGAGUUACCAAAUAAAUAUUUAGUUUUUUUUCGAAGAACAUAAAAUCAAAAGAAAAAACAAACAUUUCCGUAGGUUGGAAAGCGAAAAGGAAAAGAAAAAAAAAAGAAUGAGAAGUAUUUAUGAAUAUUCAAAAUCAUCUUGAUUGAAUUGCUGAUUCAUUAGCAGUAGCAGCAAAAGUUAGUGAUUAAUGAAUUAAUGGCCAAAAAAUAUAAAUGAUUAGUAUGUGGUGUUGGAUAAUGAAAAAAUGAUGAUGAUAAAAACGAAACGACAAAAAACAAACAAUCAACAUGAGAAAGGAAAAAAAAUUCCAUCAAAUAUCGAUGGAUGAUGGUGGAUGAAUAAUGAAUUGAGUGGAUAAUUCGUUCGAAUAUGAUUGAGAUGAGAUGAAA